GGUAAAACGUUUCUCGAUUCGAAAAUCAGAUGGCGCGCCGGCGUGACAUGUUUUAAAUCGCGCGCGAAUUGCAGUUGACACGAAGACAACAGGACUGAACAAGACGCGACAAGUGUUCGCCGGGUAGUGACGUAGUGUCUGUUUCGCGACGUUUGUUCUAUUCGAAACUCAUUGUGUAAUAACGACGUAGCUCAUAGAAUGGGUGUCACCGUGUAAGUAGUAUUCGUGUCUCUAAACAUUCACAUGAUUCUUCGUCGCACGAUCAAUCACGAAAGAGAAAUGCAUGCGUCGCGUCUCUCCGGCAGACGCGCAGAAGUUAGGUUAUGUCGCACGCGUGCCGCUGCGGGAUAAAUGGUUGCAACAGUACCCGAUGAUUGAGAACCGGACCGGCCCGCAGACCAUCGAGUUCCUGACGAAGAGAAUCGUCGCUCUCGGCGCGGUGCAGGUGGGGCAGUUCCUGGUGGAUUGCGAGACAUACAUGUCGGUGCCGCAGCUUGGCGUUCAAAGGACCGUGCAUGUGCUGCACAAUUCGGAGCAGCCAGCCUCGGUGUUCGCUCUCCUCGAGUCGGGCAGCAAAGUAGUGCCACUGAUAGCGGACGGCUUGUUCGAUCUGCUGAUGAUGAAAAUGACGACUAUCUACACCAGUAAGAAGCAAACGAAGAUCGAAUCCAAAGGACCGCGAUUCGAGAUCGGCGACUUCUGCGUCAAAUUGGGCAGCGUGACGAUGAGCCAGAAUUUCAAAGGCGUCUUGGUAGAAGUCGAGUAUAGACCCUGCGUCGUGCCAGCGAGCGCGUGGGAACUCAUUCGUGAAUUUCUGCAGGGAUUCUUGGGUUCAACCGUGUCUAAUCAAGCUCCUCAAUAUUUACAGAAUCGAAUGAACGAAAUUUAUCAGCCGAUGGACACGAUACAACAGUAUCUAGAACAUUUCGGUCAAUACAGAAAAGCCACAGGAGUAAUUUAAAGGAAGCCAUCGUGGUGACUUUGGGCCGCAUUAUUUAUUUCACGACGUGACGUUAACGGCGAGAUCGAUUGAGAACUCUACAGAUCCCGCUAAUAUUUAUUAUAUUAUGGUCUGCGCGUAUCUGUAACGAUAUCACUAUUUUUUGAAUAUUAUUUUGCUCAUGUUAAUUUUAUUAC